AUGAUAACUAUUUGCUUUUCUGCCUAUUUCUGUUCAUAUCUAUCUAUCUAUCUAUCUAUCUAUCUAUCUAUCUAUCUAUCUGUGAAAUAUACAUAUUAUUCUGAUGUAUUUAUAAUUUUCUUUUACAACACAAGUUCUUUAGCUGACAAGCGCUGUUAUAACAUGAGUUCGGAGUUCGGAGUUCGGAGAUCAGAACGCAGAAGAGGCGGCUUGUUGGAAUUUGCUGGUGUGGUCUGUUGGUUGCCCUGUGUCAAGAAGACCGAUCCGAGCCAAGAGAUAGAAAUAGAACCCGUACGAAUCCAGAUAACUUCGUCAACAAGGCUGCGAGAAGGCAGACUGCUAUAUCGUAGGGUGCAGACGAAGAUCCACGAAUUACCUCCCUUAGAUCAGCCGAAAUUGUUUAGGCAGAAAUUUUCCUACUCUCUCUCUCUCUCUCUCUCUCUCUCUCUCUCUCUCUGUAACUUUCCGACCCAAACGAGUGAAUCUCGUUACGACAUUUUGUACUCGUGUAAAUUCUUCGGUAGAGAUAUAAAAAACAGUGGCCUAAAUAGGGCCCUUUGUACAGGAACAGGAGUUGCUUUUUUUUUUCUUUUUCAUGUGUUUGCGGCUACGACAAGAAACUUUUGCUGCAUGAAUAGUGAUUUCCUUUCAGCGAAAUACCCAACCAUUCCCUCCCCUUUCCACCGGAUCGUUCUGGAGAGAUCGAUACACUGCUGUUAG